AUGGUCAAAUGGCACGGCUUCGCUUGCGCUGCCGCCGCCGCCAUCGGCCACAGCGGCAUCGACGCGACGCGCAAGUACGCGUCGCAGACGCUCUCCUCUGCCGAGCUCGUGACGCUCGUCGGCAUUCUCGAUGCGCUCUUCCUCUCCUCCUUCAUCCUCGCGUUCCGCCUCGUCACCGACCUGCGCUUCGUGACCCCUGCCACGUCAGGAGGGCGAACGAUCACAAGGGGAGACGGGGCAAGAGGGGAAGCAGGGGAGGUGGUGGGUGAAGGGGAGCAGGGAGGAGGGGAGGGCAAGGGGGGGAAGAGAGAGAGCGUGAGACAACAGCAGGAGGCGACAGCACAGCAAGGAGCAGCGCCGUCGUCAGCAGGAGGGGUGUGGCGAACGAGAAGUGGGAGGCGGAGAGGGGGGUGGAUGGGGGCUUGGUUGCUGGUGCUGCUGCAGCAGGUGUGGGGGGCGGUGGUGGGAGGGAAGGAGGAGCGGGAUGUGGAGGCGGGGAGGAGGGGGUGGGUGAAGGUGCUUGUGUCGAGGACGACUCGUGUGCGCCUGCUGCUGGGCGCAGUGCUCGCCCCGUUGGGAAAGAGGGCCGGCGUCGUCUGGCAGUAUCUGCACGGUCCGCUGAAGCGGUUACGAGUGGUGGUAACCGCAUGGGCAAGGGCACCAAUGCGAGUGGCAGCACGAGUGGUGCGGGUGCCGUGGGUGGUGGUGAAGGGGGCGCUGAGGUGGGUGGGCGCACAGAAGCGCCACGAGGGGCCGAUGCUCAUGAUGGGGUGCGCCGUGCUGCUCAGCUUCACCAACGGGUAUGGCCCCCACCGCCCCCCUGCUCCCUGCUCCCUCAGUUGCUCACCCACCAUUCAUUCCGCUCACCAUUCACACGCGUUCUUGUCCUCUGGCGCUUCAAUCUCCCUCCCCCCGCUGCUGCUUCCCCUUGCUGCCCCCUCCUUGCCCGCACCCACCUUGUUGCCCCUCGCCCCUGCCCCCACUGCUUCUCCCCGCAGGUGUGACAAGCUGGGGGUGCACCAGUCGCCGUCAGUGGUGGUGUUUGCGGGCCUGCAGCGCCUCUUCAUGGCCGUGCCACCCGUGCUCUACCUCGCCGCCACCAGGUGUGCUACAGCUGCCCCCAGGUGUGCUACAGCUGCCCCCAGGUGUGCUACAGCUGCCCCCAGGUGUGCUACAGCUGCCCCCAGGUGUGCUACAGCUGCCCCCAGGUGUGCUACAGCUGCCACCAAAUGUGCUAAAACUGCAGCUGCGUCUGCCUCUUGCCGCCACCACGUGCACUUUCAACCUCACCAAGCGAGACUUGCUGCUUGCAUUGCACCACAUGCAACUUGCCCUCCCCUUUUUUCUCACCUCCCCUCAUCCCCCCUCCUUCCCCCUUCCCCCAGACCAUCCGCGUUUCCCCUACUCCUAAAGCACUUCCCGCUGCUGGCGGGCAUAUCAGCGUGUGAGAUCACGGCUAUUGUCUUCUAUCUGCAAAGCCUGCACUGGCUCCUCGUCUCCUACUCCGUUGCUGCGAAGCGCAGCAACAUUCUCAUCUCCAUGUUUGUCGGCUACUUCCUAUUCAAGGAGAACAUAUGGAAGAGACUACCAUACGUGCUGCUCAUGAUCGCUGGAAUGGCACUCAUUAUCUUUGCCGCAUGA